GUGCUGUAGUACGUUUCAGUAUGAUAAGCGGUUUAAGCGGUAGAAUUUAAUGAAGGAUAGGUGCAUAUUUGAUGAAAAUGAAUAGAAAUAAUGGAGGUAUCUCGGUUUAGUUUGAUUUGGUUUUGACUAUUUGGUACGGUUAUGGGUAAUAAUAUCAAGACAAAGACCUAACCGGAAUAUAACGGCGUGAAAUAAACCGUGAGAAAAGAAAAGACUCGUAUUCAUCUCUUUCCCUCUCUCUCUCUCUGGAACAAAGCAAAGCCCUCUCGCAUCAUCGCACUGCUCAAUAGAACGCUCUCUCUACCCCCUCUCUCCGUGUGUUGUUUUCGUCUUCCUCUUCUCCGGCGACGUUCAAGGACUCCCGGGAGCAGGAUAGAUCGAUGGCUCAGAGAUCUUACAAAUGGGGCUCUGCUUCCUGGACUUUGAUUCUCUGGCUUAUAAUGAUUUGAUUGUUAUACUGAAUCUUUGUUUUCUAAAUUACUUGUUUUUUUUUGAAGUUAAGGUUGUAGCAAGAAGCGAGUUCAGAGAUGGGGAAUGCGUGUUGUGUUGCGGCUCGUGACAAAAUGGUCCUCGUCGUGCCUCCUAAUGAGACUGAGAGGAGGCCUUCUCCUACUUGGAGUUUCCGCUGGGAUAAUCAUAAUAGAGGAGGACGUGUUGCCGGUGAAGACUCCUCCUCUCUCACUUGGUUAUCUGAUGGUAUUAGCCGUAACGAUGGCUCUGAGAUCAAAUUUGGAUCUGCUUUUGUUUCAUCUCAAGGCUCUCCUCUGGACAGCUUUAGGACACAGCCACUGCACAAAUCUCCGGCCUCAGAUCUAUCUUUCCCAAGAAACUCUUCCAUGGAUACAGUCUUCGAGCAGAAGGAAAAUGAUUCGACACAAUCUGUGGCACCUUCAUAUCCAUCUCCUGCACAAUUCUCUCUUUCACACACAUCUUCUUUCCCAGCAUCACCACUUUCUCCCCAGAGCUACUUCCACCCUUCAAGUUCGGCGUCAUCGCUUAAACUGACACAGCGCCCUCGUCUAUCGAAGCAAGUCUCAGAUAGUCGAAUCUAUGGUAUGAACUCACUGAGUAGAAGCUCAGCAACUGAAGAGACGCAGGAAAUUCCUUUGAGAUAUGGUUCUUCUCAGAGUGGACCAUCUGAAAGUUGGUCAUUGCAAGCCUUUUCUGAAAUGAUGUCAUCUUCUCGCAGCAACGAGCCUUUGUCUUAUGAUAACGACUUCUUUGGGCUUGAUCGUGACAAGAUAGACCAUCAUGGCAACCGAGUAAUAUCCAAUCAUCAUCAGCAAACAUGUGGUGCCUGCUCUAGACCCUUGUCAGAGAAAUCCAUGUGGAGCAGCCAAAAGAUCUUCAUGACCAAUGAGCUCUCUGUGUCCGCAAUUCUAGCAUGUGGGCAUGUCUACCAUGGUGAGUGUUUAGAGCAGAUGACGCCAGAAAUCGAUAAAUUCGACCCGUCGUGCCCAAUCUGUACAUUUGGUGAGAAGAAAACGGCGAAACUGUCAGAGAAAGCGUUGAAAGUUGAGAUGGAUUUGAAAGCUAGGCACAACAAAAGACUCAGAAACCGAGUUUUGGACAGUGAUUUUGAUUGCGAUGAUUUGGUAAUGUAUGAUCACAGCCACAUGCCAGCAGCAGCAGCAGACAAGAGCCCUGAACUGGUCUCGAGUUCCAGCGUCAAAGGUUAUUCCGCAAAGCCUUUCUUGGCUAGACAUUUCUCUUUUGGGUCCAGAGGUAACAGUAAAUCAAUCAAAGAGAAUCUUCCCGUCAAAAAGAAAGGCUUCUUCUGGACCAAAUCCAGCAAAAUAUGAACUUGUUCUGUGUCUGUGUUGCUCUUUACUGUCUGACGGACACGGUACCACUUAAUUAAGACAGGCUAUUUGUUGAUACACACUUUCCUCAUUGGCUUUUCUUUUUUUUUUUAUUGGUAUUUGCUAAAUUUUCACACAUGUAAAGUCACAACUUUAGAAUACAAGGUUGGGGAUAAUCACAACAUUGGAUCCUUUCUAGUAUAUAAAUUAUUCUGGCUGUGCAUAGAUCAGAAUGGAUUCAGGGCUCUGAAGACAACCGAUUGGGUAUGGUUUGUAUUACAUUUACCAGCUUGAUCUCAAUCAAACUUCUUCCUGUAGAUAUUGAUUUGUUUCUCCUUU